GGCGCUUCGGACACCAGUCAACCAUCUGACUAUUUUGCUAACCACCCCCUCUCCUAAUUUUGUUAUUGUCUUGCUAUUAUUCUUUAGCGAACUAACAAAUAUCUAUUUGAUAUAUUAAACGACAAAAAUAAUUAAUACAGUUUAAAAUAUGUGUUUAAAUGUUGUCUUUAUUGAUUAAAAUUACAGCAUCAAACAUAAUUGUGAGGGUCUUGGAAAAUGACUUGUUAAUCUUUGGAGGUUAUAGAGAUUACUGUUUGUUUGAGUUUGUAUAAUCAUUGUGUCUGUUUUAUAAGUUGGAAUGGGACAAAAUCAGUCGGGUAGUGGAGGAUCUGGAGGUGAUAAAAAGGAUGAUAAAGAUAAGAAGAAGAAAUACGAACCACCAAUUCCCACGCGAGUUGGUAAAAAGAAAAAGAGAACCAAGGGACCUGAUGCUGCUACGAAAUUGCCUCAGGUAACACCUCAUACGAAAUGUCGUUUGAAACUCUUAAAAUUGGAAAGAAUAAAGGAUUAUCUUUUAAUGGAAGAAGAAUUUAUCAGGAACCAAGAACGUUUAAAACCCCAAGAAGAAAAAAAUGAAGAAGAAAGGUCCAAAGUUGAUGACCUUAGGGGUACACCCAUGUCAGUUGGUAAUUUAGAAGAAAUUAUUGAUGAUAAUCAUGCCAUUGUUUCAACUUCAGUUGGAUCUGAACAUUAUGUAAGCAUUCUUUCUUUUGUCGACAAAGAUCAAUUGGAACCAGGCUGUUCUGUUCUUUUAAAUCACAAAGUUCAUGCUGUAGUAGGUGUUCUUUCAGAUGACACAGAUCCCAUGGUUACUGUAAUGAAGCUAGAGAAAGCACCUCAGGAAACAUAUGCAGAUAUUGGAGGUUUAGAUACACAGAUUCAAGAAAUCAAAGAAUCUGUAGAAUUACCUCUUACCCACCCUGAAUAUUACGAAGAAAUGGGUAUUAAACCACCUAAAGGUGUAAUAUUAUAUGGACCCCCUGGGACAGGGAAGACUUUGCUAGCUAAAGCAGUUGCCAAUCAAACUUCAGCCACAUUUUUAAGAGUUGUUGGUUCUGAACUUAUUCAAAAGUAUCUUGGUGAUGGUCCUAAACUUGUUCGAGAGCUUUUUAGGGUUGCUGAGGAACAUGCUCCAUCAAUAGUAUUUAUUGAUGAGAUUGAUGCUGUUGGUACCAAAAGAUACGAUUCCAAUUCUGGAGGUGAGCGUGAAAUUCAGCGUACUAUGUUGGAACUUCUGAAUCAACUUGAUGGUUUUGAUAGUCGUGGAGAUGUGAAGGUGGUUAUGGCAACAAACAGGAUUGAAACUCUAGACCCAGCCCUUAUUAGGCCUGGUCGUAUUGACAGAAAAAUAGAAUUCCCUCUACCCGAUGAAAAAACUAAAAAGCGAAUAUUUAACAUUCACACUAGCCGCAUGACACUUGCUGAUGAUGUGAACUUGUCUGAGUUGAUUAUGGCUAAGGAUGAUUUAUCAGGUGCAGAUAUCAAGGCCAUCUGUACAGAAGCUGGUCUAAUGGCUUUAAGAGAGCGUAGGAUGAAAGUAAAUAAUGAAGAUUUCAAGAAAUCUAAAGAGAGCGUCCUUUAUCGUAAAAAAGAAGGAACUCCUGAAGGGUUAUAUCUUUAAUGUUUUAUCAUUUAUUUUUAUUUUCAACAAUAAUUUAAUUAAAGUGCUUUUUGUUAAUCUAUAAUUAAAGUAUAGUGUAACAAUUAAAAUAAAUCAUAAUUUUUUCACAUGUACUAUUAUUUAUU